CUGAUGCUUGAUCAAGCUGACAGCAGGUCUUGCUUCGUAUUAAAGAUGCAGAGCUCCCGCAUAUCGCCAGGUUUUGUAACAUCUGCGGUUUAUGCAAACAUACAUGCGCACGCUUUGAACUCCCUGCUGGAAACCAUUACUUUAUUAGAAACGCGUGCCAAGGACUGUUAUCCUACUAAAAAAAAUGAAGGAGCCGCCGUCGGGAGGCGCUGCAUACGUUUUGACUGAAGCCGUGGCGACCGAUCGAAGGAGUAGUGGACUCCCCUGUUCCGAACAUGCCACUCCUCAGAUGAGAAAACGCCCAGCAGUGAGCCAGUGUUUCUCAUCAGCUGCUCUUCUACAGCGGAUCUAAAGCUUCCCAAAUACCUGAGAUCUACUUUGGAUAUUUCAGUACCUUGGGUACAGAGUAGAGACUAAAAAUCUUACAGACUAACAUUUUUUACCCCCUACUAUUUUUUUUUUUAUAAUUAGUGUUCUAAUCAGUGACGGCAACAGGUACCAUAAGAUUAGCUAUGGCUGAUGAUGCUGUCGAAGAUGUCACUUCUAUACCAUUCUUUGAAAGCAAUUUUUCCGGUUGUGACUUCGGAAAUUUCAGUGAUUUCACAAAUUUCAGUGAUUUUAAUUUCACUGACUGUAAUUUCACUUAUCCUCGAAUGACUUCUUCAUAUAGACCACCUUAUAUAGUUGUAGAAUUCGCGAAAAUAUUGUACGGUAUCGUUUUUCUAGUCGGUUUGUGUGGAAAUUCCCUGGUCAUUUAUGUUGUUUUACGUUUCUCUAAAAUGCAGACUGUUACUAACAUGUACAUAUUUAACUUAGCUCUGGCUGACGAGAUGUUUCUGACGGGUUUACCAUUUAUUAUAGCUACAAUGACAUUCGGUUAUUGGCCAUUCGGUAGAUUUAUGUGUAAGAUGUACAUGACGACUACUUCUAUUAAUCAGUUCACCAGCAGUCUGUUGUUAACUGUGAUGAGUGCUGAUAGGUACGUCGCCGUUUGUCAUCCAAUAUCCUCACCAAGGUAUCGGACACCAUUCAUCGCAAAAUUUAUUUGUUUAACUGCUUGGACUGUGUCAGCUUUACUUAUGGUUCCAAUUUAUAUCUACGCCAAUAUUUUGGAGAAUGGAGCUACCAUUUCUUGCAAUAUUUACUGGCCAGAGAGUGCUUUUAUGAAUGGGCAAAAGGCUUUUACUCUGUAUUCUUUCACUUUAGGUUUUGCGAUCCCCCUUGUUCUAAUCUUGCUUUUUUACUUCCUUGUUAUCUGCAAACUCCGCAGAGUAGGUCCCAAAAAUAGGUCGAAAGAGAAAAAACGUUCUCACCGAAAAGUUACCUAUCUAGUUCUGACCGUCAUCACGGUAUAUGUGAUCUGCUGGCUACCAUAUUGGAUAACUCAAGUUUACAUCACUCUCUUACCUCCAAGGCAGGGCCAAGGCCACUUAGGCCUGACCAUCAUUCUCCUAGCUGGGUGCUUGUCAUAUGCCAAUUCUGCUAUGAAUCCCAUUCUUUAUGCUUUUCUGAGCGACAAUUUUAAGAAGAGUUUUGCGAAGGCUUUCACUUGUGCUGCCCGAAUGGAAGUCAACGCUCAAUUGAACGUAGAGAACAGCGUUUUCCCGAAACAUACCCGAAGUGGGUCUUCCAGAGCUCAGAUGAAUCGGGAACAAAAACCUCGGAAUGAACUAGAGCCAUCCACAAAUAUAACCCUUACUUCCAGAUCUAAUAUUGUAGUGUCAAGCGAUAAGGAACAUUCCUUGCGGAAUGGAUUCAACAAGCAACAAGCAGAAGGAGAACCCACACAGGUGUGAAGAUAAUUCCGUGUUAGGCACGAAGGCGGGCUACUGCUAUAAGAGCUUCAUUUUCAAGCUUUCCACGAUGUGUAUCAGGGAUAUCUUGUUCAGAUUAUGGUAAAAAAAAAAAAAAACAUUUUUAUGGACAGAUGCUGUGACUAUUUACAAGAAUCCAUUUGUAUAUAUGUUUGAUAUAAAUUGUGACUUUUAAGUUACUGAAAAGAGAGAGAACUUGAAACUUUGUAUCAUAAACUUGGACCAUAAACUUCUACAUACUUUCAGAUGAAAAAUAUUUAUGAAUAUUUAGUCUUCUUUUUCGUAUGCAUUUUUAUUUAUGACUUCAGCACAGGUGCUAAUUUUACAGAAUUUUCUCCAUUAAUGUGAGUUCAUUUUAAGACUUCUAUGUCAUAACCAUCUUUAAUAAAAGUAAUCGUUUUUGUAAGCUCUACAAACUCUUGUUGCACAAGACUAAGCUCAAUGAAUUUAGUGACAGACGUUUUUAAUUCAUGUAAUUAAUCAAAAAUGGUAAAAUAUGAUGGAUUAUUUAGAAUUAUUUAAUACAAGUAAGUGAUUUUCUUCUUUAAAUAUUUGCUGUUAACGUUGCAAAGAGACUUCUGCAUGUGUUUUAUAAAAUAUUGCUGCCCAACAUGUUUCAUAUGAUAUGUGUUUAUUGAAUAUAUUAUCUCAGUGUUGCGUUUAUAUACAUAUAUAUCAAAUACUGUUGGUAUGAAAAAUAUGCCAUGUUUUCGAAUGAAAUGCUCACAUAGUUUGAAUAAUUCACUAUUGUUGUUUACUGUGUAGUUGCAUAUAUCACAUUCAGAAUUUCAAGUAGUAUUCCAAACUUUAUAAAACUUGAAUUUCCAUUGUAUUGCUUCUAAAUAUAUACAGUGAUGUUGCAUUGUAAUGUAUUAUUAAUAAACUGUAUUUUAACUGUUUUCAUUCCAUAA